AUGUUAAUCAAUGGCAUUGGAAGAAGACGAAGAAGCCCGGGAAACAGAAUUCCAAAUUCGGACAACAACAUUCCAAAUUCCAGCAGACGCAAUGCCGACGGCUUGUGGGUAUCCUGGUUUAGAAUCCAGUUUCACUUCCACCGGCUGUUCCUCAGGGGAUCCAUGGCUGCUGUUCUUUCAGUCCUUCAACACUCAUCUUGCCCUGAAAAUAUAUUCUUCCACUUUGUGUCUUCCGUUGCCGCCGACACCUCCCACCUCAACCUCACAAUCGCAAAGUCAUUUCCUUACCUUCAGUUCAACAUCUAUCCUUUCGAUGAUUCGCCGGUGGCGGGGUUGAUCUCAACUUCUAUUCGUGCUGCACUGGAUUGUCCACUCAACUAUGCCCACAAUUAUCUGGCUGAUCUGCUCCCAGAAUGCAUUCAAAAUGUUGUUUAUCUAGAUUCCGACCUCGUACUCGUUGAUGAUAUUGCUAAACUUGCUGCAACUCCUCUAGGCAAUAAAGUAGUUUUAGCAGCACCUGAGUACUGCAACACAACUUCACCUCCUAUUUCACGCCCACAUUCCUGUCCAACCCCUCUCUUUCCUUAG